UCAACGAUGGCAGCAAGCAACGAGAUCGCCCUCGAGUUGGCCCCCAUCAUCCGCGUCUACAAGGACGGCCGAAUUGAGCGCUUAAACGCCGACGUGCACCUCCCUCCCUCCGUCGACACCGCCACCGGCGUCGCCUCCAAGGACGUCCCCAUCGCCGCCGGCGUCACCGCCCGGCUCUACCUCCCAGCUGUCGCCGCGCCAUCGAAGCUCCCCGUCUUCGUGUACUACCACGGCGGAUGCUUCUGCAUCGGCUCCGCCUUCUCCUCCAUCUACCACGACUUCCUCAACACCAUCGUGUCCACGGCCAGCGUCAUCGCCGUGUCCGUAGACUACCGGCUGGCACCGGAGCACCUCAUCCCGGCGGCCUACGAGGACGCCUGGUGCGCGCUCCGGUGGGUGGCGUCCCACGCGGAGGGCGGCCCUGAGCCGUGGCUGGCCAAGGAUCGGACGGACUUCACGCGUCUCUUUCUGGCCGGGGACAGCGCCGGGGCGAACAUCGCGCACAAUGUGGCGAUGCGCGUGGCCGCGGAGGGGCUCGGCGUUGGCGGUGCGAGGGUGGAAAGCGCGGUGCUGCUGCACCCCUACUUCUGGGGGACGGCCCGGCUGCCGUCCGAGGUGGGGCGCGUCGACCACCCUUUUAUCCCGCCGCACACCGUGGACAGCAUGGGCAUCUUCAAACCUUGUUGGAGUACAUGA